GGGCGGCGGGGGCGGGGCCUGGCCCGCGGGUCGGGAGGGGGCGGCCGCGUUCGAGGGCAGAGUCACGUCCGGUCCCGGCGACGCGCACCUGGAGGAAGCGAGGCCCGAGAGCGACCCGCCGCCGGCGCCAUGAACGUCUUCGACCGCAGCGUCAACCUGGACGCGCUCUUCAAGUUCUCCCACAUCUCCGCCUCCACCCAGCAGCACCUGAAGAAGGUCUACGCCAGCUUCGCCCUCUGCAUGUUCGUGGCGGCGGCCGGCGCCUACGUCAAUGUGGUGACCCACCUGGUGCAGCUCAGCCUCCUGACCGGCCUGGGCUCCUUGGGGCUGAUGAUCUGGCUGCUGUCCACCCCGCACAGCGCCGAGACGGAGCAGAAGAGGCUGGGGAUGCUGGCCGGCUUCGCCUUCCUCACCGGUGUCAACCUGGGGCCACUGCUGGAGAUGUGCAUCGCCAUCAACCCCAGCAUCCUGCCCACCGCCUUCCUGGGCACGGCCGUGAUCUUCACCUGCUUCACGCUGAGCGCGCUCUACGCCCGGCGCCGCAGCUACCUGUACCUGGGAGGCUUCCUCUUCUCCGGGCUGUCCCUGAUGUUUCUCUUCUCCUUGGUCAACCUCUUCGUGGGCUCCACCUGGCUCUUCACGGCUAACCUGUACGUCGGGCUCAUGGUGAUGUGCGGCUUCGUCCUCUUCGACACCCAGCUCAUCAUUGAGAAGGCCGAGAGCGGGGACAAGGACUACAUCUGGCACUGCGUGGAUCUCUUCCUGGACUUUGUCAACAUCUUUCGCGAGCUCAUGAUCAUCCUGGGCAUGAACGAGAAUAAGAAGAAGGAGAAGAAGUGAAGUGACUCCUGGAGCCCUUGCCUGCUGCCCCCCGCCCCUGCCCUUACCCCCCGCCCCCAACGCAUUAAAGGGGCCGCGCUCUCUGAAAGAAAAGCGCCCGAGAAGCUUUCAUACCCUGUGGGUUUUUCUCUUGUUUGAGCUUUUUCCAAUUAGUAACCAGCUGAUUCGUGGGUCCCACUGGAGUUUAGCUCCCCUCUUUUUCCCCCGCGCCCCACAGCUCAGGGAGGCAGCAAACGUCUCCCAAGUGCCCGGCCCUGCUGCCUCGGCUUUGGGCACAGGAUCAUCCCCAGGUGAAUUCCCAGGCACCAAGAAGCUGCAGCUCCCCUGCUGCAGAACCCGUUUCUCCUCCUUCCCCACUUGCCUUGGCCUGAAAACAAACCCAACCGGCCGCACUGCUUCCACGGCCACACGGCAGCCCCCAGGCCGUCUCCCAGCAGCCCCUGGAGGGAGUGGGGCUGGCACCAGCUGCCCGGACACAUGGCUGGGCAUCAGAGAGCCAUUGUCUCCUGCCUCGCAGGGCUGCUGCAACCAGCAGGCUGGGGACAAGGGGUGGGUUUGUGUAGCUCCUUCUGCCUCCCUCGUCCCCCAUGAGUCCCUCAGCUGCCCUGCCUCGGCCCAGCCGGCUGCCCUGCAGCGGGAGACUUGCACCCAGUGCCAAGGGGAAGAGGGCGGUGCAGCUGCUCUGGCAGGGGGAACAGGUAGGUGCCUUCCCCUCCCUAGGCUGGCAGGGUCCAGGACCGUAGUACCUGGCCCCUGGCAGCACCAGGGACUGCCGGAAGCCCCCGUCACCAAAGCCAACCUGCACCUCUGCUUGCUCGGGCCGAAGGUGCCUCCUCCCCACAGAACCAGUGCCAAGAACAAUAGCGUCUGCUACGAGCCUCCUACAACAACGUCCACCAGGUUUUCCUGCCGUCACGACUGUACUUCUCUCUCUCCCGUUCCGCCGGCCGUGGCGCCGGCUGCGCGGCCUAAACUCAUACUGUGAAGACAAAGGUGUUUUGAUUCAGAAAUAUAUGAAGCCUCCAGAGUCUUACUUUGUACAAAAAUUGAUGAAUGAAAUAAAAAUCCUCAGACUUUAACCUUCA